GAGUCUCCACAAGCUACUACUACUCCGGCGUGCUGCGCGAGCUGGACUCGACGCAUCUAUCGUUCUCACACCUUCUGCCGCAAGUCUUGCGCAUCCGUGAUGCCGCCUCCACACCACGUUCGCCUUUUCAACCCCCGGCUGUACCUGCUCUUUGUCCUGACGACAUCUUGUGCUGCAGUGCUUGAGGUCGGAGAGGGUAGCAGCGCCAUUGGAAAGGCAAUCAAAGCGGUUGCGGGCAAAUGUGUCAUCGAUUGCAGCGGAAACACAAGAUUCGCGGGUAUCAGCCCUUCGUCUCCCCGAUAUCAAGCUUUGCAGGCUGCGGCAGACCUCCAUGCAGAGCAUGUGGAGCCAGCCAUGACUAAGUUCAAGCUGACGGCCAGCUGGAACCACUCAAGCAAGGACAAGGGAUGGAAAAGUCUUGCCCACGUCGCGGGAGAAGCGUACGAUGCGCAUGGCAAGCUGAUUCCGAGCAAAGAACCAAUCAAGCACCUUCCAAUCGCAAAGACACACCUAUUCCUUCCACCUGGCCACAAGCUACACCUGGCUGGACAAGAGCAUGUAGGUCCAGCGCCCCCUCCCUAUGCUCCACACGUCUGGGAGCCCGGAGGUCUCAACAACCGCGCACAUGUACAGUACGUCGACAGUCAACACAUGGCGAACACAUCGGAGCGCAACAUCGCGGCUAUUCAAGCGAGCGCUGACUUUUACGCGAGUCAUGUCGACCCCCGAGCCAAAACCAUUCGAGUCUACGGCCCAAUAUCGCACGGACCGUACGGGGAGAGUGGCAGCGCGGCACGUCACCAUCAGCCAUACACCGUGGCAAGGUUUCUCGACGAAGAAGGAAAAGACCUGUAUAGCAGGGUGAGCGGUGCAUCAAUGGGCGUGCCAACUAAGCGCAGGCUCCAUCUGCCGCCCAAUUACACCUACCUGGAUGGUCGAAACAAAAAGCACGUUGGCGUAGUACCACCUUACCCUGAGCUGCAACGAAGACCUGGGUGGUAUCCUGCGAAUGCUCAUCCUAGCGCCCAGUCCUCUGCAAUACCGGCCCCGCUCAGUGCAGAGGACCCAUCUCUCGUUGCCGUCAAGAGGAAGGAGAGACAGAGCCUCGUAUUUAGCGAUGACAAGCCUAGUCCUAUGAACCUCAAUUGGCGCCCUUACUCACGACCAAGGAAGAAAAGGCCAAACCAAGGACACGAAAUUUUGGAGCGCAGACUGCAGCCUCCUGAAGCCUUAUUGAAGGCGGGAGGGUCUGGUCACAAGGCUAUUGAGAGCUCACUGGGCCAUGCAGCGCAGACUUCGAGUGCUCAUACGCCCCCGAUCGAUAUUUCUACAGGGGGGCCGGGAGGCGCUGCAGUUCGGGACACAAAAGCCCCGAGGGUAGAAGAGAGCAGCAGCACAAAGCGUCCACGGAGUCAUGCGAGGAAACGCCAGGCAUACAAGAAGAUAGUGCGCCACAUCGAUGAAUUAUCAGGCAUCCACUUGAGCACGGACGGCCCGCCCUUUAUCGGGCAUGCGCUAGGCCAUGCUAAGCAGGAGAUGCAGACUAAUUAUGCGGUCGCGCUGAAAGAGGCGGUGUCGUGGCAUACGAAGGAAGUCGAGCCACGCCUGCAUACAUUCGUAUCCAUGCAGGGUUUCCGGACUUGGCCUGACAAGCGCGUUGGUGAGCGCCGCAAUCAAGCUCACGCCAUUGGGUACGCCUUCGACAAAGACGGCCGUGCUAUAUUCGGCCCGCCGGAAGAGUCUUCGGGCUACAGGCCAGCCAUCAGAACAAUGAUGUACCUGGCUCCAGGUCAGAAGUACCGGGGAUACGUUGGGGGACCGUCGCCAUAUCUCGAAGCCAAAAAAGCCAUGGAAGCGAAAGCCCAGAAUCCGUCCCCGACGAUGAGAUGGAAGCGUCGGAAACGCGCCCAGCUUCUUGCUCAGUCGAGCUCAGCUAACAAAGAGACGGCCGAAAAGUCAGCAGGUCAGUCCUCCGCCUCAGCAAUGGACAGAAAGGAUACAGAAGAUCGUGAUCAUCAGUCGCCGCCCUCCAGUUCUGCCCGCCCGCUACUCGACCUGAAUAGGUCACCACCCCCAGAGCUCGAGUCACGCCUCAGGAAGCGCUUAGUCAUGCCCAAGGAUGCCGAAGCAGCAGCAGAAGGGGCAAAAGCAGCCGCAAAGACCACGACAGACGGCGUGUCUGCUGUGCAGGAUGGAACGAGUUCUUCAACCGCAGGCAAGGUGCUCAUCACGUAUUCCAGUGCGGGUAAGAGCAGGAUACCUGGCGGCCACGAGGCCACCGAGGCUGCAGCCCAAUAUUACAAGCAUAAUCUGAAUCCGAAAUUGGCCCAAUUCAAAGUGGCCAAGCCGUGGAACAAGUGCGGAGGUAGAUUCAAGGACUCGGAGCAUCUCUACACGACGGGCACGUUGUGUGACAGCGAAGGGCACGUCUUGAAGCCGGAAAUUUCACAUGGCGACAAUGUUCCGGGACGCAGAGGAAACGCCAAAUUAUUUCUGCCUCCCGGGCACAAGCUAGAUUUUAAGGGAGUUGAGUAUGUCGGUCCUCAGGUCUCCGACUCGCCCUACAAGUCACAAAUAGAGGCACGCAGAAGAAUGGCUGCAAGACAAGGUCCCCCGGUCAUCAUCAAGGACGCCCAUAAGAUCAAAGGACAUCACUUUCCCUCGACUAUUCAGGAGGCAGCCAAUGCGCAUGCAAGAGAUGUUGACCCAAGACUGCACAGCUUUGAACCUCAGACAGGCUUCAGGGUGCCCACACACACCAACAAAGGCAUUCCUCCGGAGUUCAAGCACCUCCCAUUCGCGAGCGGCAUCGGGCGUGACAAGAAUGGCAAAAGAAUCAUCCCCAAGAGCUUUGUGACGGGCCACGGGACUUCCACUUACAGGAUCUACCUUGCAGAGGGCCAAACUCACAGCCCUUAUCGCGGCGUGACUUAUACGGGGGAAGCACGCACUCCUUGGACCGCAAAGUCCGGUAGCCGACACGAGGCAAAUCAAGCAAGAUUAGCGGCUAUCCGGGCUUCGGAUCCGGAUUUUGGCCCAGGGGGCAGAUCUUUGUCAGAGGCAGGCUCGUCCGCUCCCUCUAGAAAACUGGAAGGGACCAAGCCUUCGGCUGAGAGCAAGACAGCUCCCUCGACUGAAGGCGCCAGCCCGCAGCCAACUCGCUCCAGAAGCAGUUCUCAUGGAGGGCAGUCACAUCAGCAGCUUAGUGCCAGUCAUCCGUCCGAAGACCAUCGUUCUCACGGUCUGGACGCAAGCUCGUCUGAAAGACCUCCCAAGCGCUUUGCUUUCGAUCUAAAUCAGCCACCUUCCGACUCACGCUAGAUGCGCGAGAGGUCACUUGGGAUAUGACUAGGUCACCAGAUUCCGCUUUCUUCAAAUCAGAAGCUGGGAUCGGCCACUGCGAGAAAAUUUUCCAACUUUCGGGCACAAGCAUCCGCGUAUGUGCGCACUGUACAUCUAAAAGCUGUUGCUGUGCAUCUCUGCAACCAGCGGCGCUCGCUUCUGAUGCAUGAGCUUCACUCCUCGUAUUCACCGUCCAAUUCGGCAUAAUGACGGAACAGCCCGUACCUGAGCGGAGUGAAGAAGACGAUGGGCGCAGGUCUCGUCAGUGCUGACUCGACACCAGUACUUUAUCGCCUUUGAAUUGUAUGC